GUGGAGGUAUGGCCGCAGCCUGGGCUGGGGCCGCGUGCCUGCUGCUCGCGGGGAUGUGCGGGCUCCUGCCGCCCGUGAUAAUGUUAAAGUGAAGAUACCUUUUGGAAAUAAAUACCUUGAUGCUAUCUUUUCUGUCCCAGAGAAGAAACCAACGUAUGGAGUGAUUCUUACUCAUGGAGCUGCAGGAGACAUGAAUUUCCCUCACUUAGUGUCCUUGGCAGCCUGUCUUGCCUCCCAUGGAGUUCUGUGCCUGCGGUUUACUUGUAAAGGCCUUAAUAUUGCUUACAGGACUAAGGCUUUCAAAGCAGUUGUGGAAUACUUAAAACUUUCUGAUGAUUAUAAACUUUCUGGUGUUUUCCUUGCAGGCCGUUCCAUGGGCUCACGAGCUGCUGCCUCUGUGAUACGUCAGCUGAGCCAGGGUGAUGAUGAUGAUGGUUUCAUUCAAGGCCUCGUGUGUUUAUCUUACCCAUUGCAUCGACCAAAGCUGCAGUCCAAGCUCCGGGACGAGGAUUUAUUACUGCUCAGGUGUCCAGUGCUGUUUGUCUCAGGAUCAGCAGAUGAGAUGUGUGAAAAACAAGUGCUAGAAGGUGUGGUGAGCAAAAUGAAAGCUCCUAAAAAAAUCCAUUGGAUUGAUAAAGCAAACCAUGGGAUGGCAGUCAAAGGACGAGCAACAAAUGAUGUCAUGGAAGAAAUAAAUGCACAGGUUUUUUCUUGGCUUAGAGAGAAUGUUCACCUGCAGCACAAAUGAUUUGCAGUGUUCAAGCAGCAUCUCCAUUUAGUUUUUCAUAAAUGUGGCAAAUAAGGGGUGUGUUAUUUUUUAGAGGCAUAUUUUUUUAAACUCAUCUUCUCAGAGGUCUAAGUGCAAAUGCAAAUAAAACUUUAUAUGAAUUUAAAAAUAUGCAAAACAAUAAAGAGCUUCUUGAAGGACAGAAAAUAUAUAAUGGCAGCAUUGUUCUCUAUGUUUUUAUGCAAAUAUACAACUCUUGGGAAUGCAGAGGAUUAAGUAAUGCUUUUGACUAAUAUUUGAAGUAAUAUACUGGAAAAAAUCUACUUGGACAGAGUAUCUUUAGGGGGUCUUCAAUUUCUGAGUCUAGUACUGAUGCUAUACUCACUUGCAAUUAAAACCUACUGAACUGUAGGGUUCUGCCAGCAUAUCCCCUGAGGUGUAGUACUUUGCCUGGUGCUGUGUGCUGGCCUUCCCAUGUGCUUCCAAACCAGUGAGGCAGGGAGAAGAAUCUGGUUGUUUACAGUGUCUGCCACCUUAGGGAGCCAGAUUCUGCCUGUGUGGAGAGCAGGAAGAGGUAAUGCAGGCACAGCUGGCCAUGUGGAGCAAAGAACAUGGUUCAGUUUUGAGAAGUCCCCUUCACCGAUGUAAAGGACUUUCACUUUCCCUUCACUUUCUGGAAAGGACUGAUCAGAGACACCUCUGAUAAAUAAAAACUGAUAGACAAAUUGUGUUUAGUGAUGGAGGAACUCCUAGAGCAGGAACCAGUUCUGCUUCCAUUGUGACAGGAGGAACUCAGGUCCCUGUCUGAGCUCUGACACUGAAGAGUGGAUGAAGCACUUGGUGUGUACUGGCAGUGCAGCCUUUCUCAUUAUGGGCUGUGAGUGACCUGUUGGUAUAACCAAGCAAUAUUGGAAGUGUGGUUUACCUUCAGAUUAACAAGAUUUAUUAUGAACCCCACAGCAUUGUCUUUGAGGUAGGCAAAGUUAUAGUCUGAAAAAAGACGCCUUUGAUGUGAUAGAUAGACAUAUAGACAGACAGUAGGGGGGAAGGUGUACAAUUCUCAUCUGCCUGGUUUUGCAG